GCGCAAUAUAACCUUAUUUGUUGAAAUUUGAAAUGUUAUUAAUAUCAUGGCUAAAUUUUUGAUGAACGUCGUAGUUAUUUCUUUCACAAUUUUAAUUCCAACAUUUUCAAAGGCGAAUCUUUGUCAAAACGUAUCGCCAUGCGUAUGUAUCUUCAACCAAACUGCACAAAUCAACAUAGAUUCUUUAAUAGCAAAAAAUGGAUUCAUUGACGAUAGUACAGAACUGCAACAGAACACAACUACCUACUAUUUUCACGGUUGUACUGAUGGAGACUUCAAGAAUCCUUACAAUAGUCAGUCUAAUUUUACAGCAUCACUUAUCCGAUGUGAUACUUUUGUAACUCCCAUAAAUAAAGCGAAGGAUAGUCUUUUUAACGGUACCUGCGAGGCAAUUGGUAAGGCAAAUGAGAUUAGGUAUGCUCUUGUCGAAGGCCAAUCCAACCACUAUAAAAUUGUAUACGAUAACCAAAAAAUAAAUAGUUCCUUGCCUAGUAUACAGCUGGUUUGUGUUGAUUCCCAAGAUACAAGUUUAAAGAUAUCCAAUCACGGAGCAAACGAAUUAUUGUUGUAUUCGCCUGCGGUUUGUGUUAAGUACAGUACACUUCCAGAAGGACUGAGUUUUGGAACAAUUUUUUGUCUGAUUUUUUUCAUAAGUUCGAUUAUUUAUUUUGUGGGGGGUGGUUUAAUAUUGUACUUUGCCCGAGGAGCUAGGGGAAUCGAAGUUAUUCCAAAUUACGAUUUUUGGACAUCGUUGCCAGGUUUAAUAAAGGAUGGAACAAUAUAUAUUCUAGGAGGCUGUAGACCUUUCACAGUCAGCACUGCAGAAACUUACGAUAGAAUAUGAUUUUGAUGUGAGGGAAUAUGUAAUUAAAAAACAACUUAUGUAUUAACUCUUAGUCUAUUUUUGGUUUUAUUUGUUAAAUUAAUAAAAAAAUAAAACAAA